CCUAGAAGCAUCACACUCAACUCGAGAGAGCCCAAGCGUUAGAUUUAAGAUAUAUUUUUAUUUUAUCCUUAUUAAUAAUAAGAAGUAUUUCGACUGAUUUCACUCAUAAAAGGAUUCUGAACUUUGAAAGGAAACUAUUUUUCUGUAUGGUAUAACUCAGAGGACUUUUGUUGGAUCACCUGUGCUCUUUUCUUUGUGAAUUGUCUUUUAAAACGUAUUUUUAAUUUCAUAACUGUCUUAUUUUUUAUUAUACGUAUAUUUAAAUUGACUUCAGACAUGUGGACAUUCCUUGGCAUAGCAAGUUUUACAUAUAUCUAUAAGAAAUGCGAUGCCCUGGUGAGUUCAGCGCACAGAGAGCUGAUCGUGGCCGCAGUGGUGUGCGUGUCAGUGGGUCUCAUGGUUACGUGUCUCGGGCUCCGCGGACAGACGUUAAAAGUGCCUCAUUUAUUCCAGCUGCCUCUCAAACUCUUCAGCACAUUCCCUCUGACACAAAAGCUCUUCUCCAUGUCAAAUACAAACAGCUCGAGUCGCAUUUCAAAGAAGAGAGAUGUAAAGCGAAAGAGGGCAUCAGACAGUCAGUGCGUUCAGACAGAGGAUCCAGAGAUCAUCAUAGUGGGUGCUGGUGUGCUGGGGUCAGCAAUGGCCGCUGUUCUGGCUCGAGAUGGUCGCAAGGUCACAGUGAUUGAGAGGGACAUGAAAGAACCAGAUCGGAUAGUGGGGGAACUUCUCCAGCCGGGAGGAUACCGGGCACUUAAAGAACUCAGCUUGGAGGGUGCUGUUGAGGGUCUGGACGCUCAUGUGGUGAAUGGUUAUGUAAUCCACGACCUGGACAGCAGGACAGAGGUGGAGAUCCCAUAUCCCCAGCAGGAGAACAGUGUGCAGUGUGGACGUGCCUUCCAUCAUGGCCGCUUCAUCAUGGGACUGCGUCGAACUGCACUUGCUGAGCCCAAUGUGAAGUUUGUGGAGGGCACAGUAACCAGUCUGGAGGAAGAAGACGGCUGUGUGACAGGAAUUCAGUACAGGGAGAAAGACUCAGGAAACGUCAAGGAGAUCCAUGCUCCACUGACUGUAGUUGCUGAUGGCUGUUUCUCCAAGUUCCGUAAAAAUCUGGUCUCUGGGAAAGUUAAAGUGUCGUCUCAUUUUGUUGGAUGCAUAAUGAAGGAUUCUCCUCAGUUCAAGCCCAACCAUGCAGAGCUGGUUCUAGCUGAUCCCAGUCCAGUGUUGAUCUAUCAGAUCUCCUCCAAUGAAACUCGGGUCCUGGUGGACGUCAGAGGAGAUAUGCCCAGAGACCUCAUGCAGUACAUGACUGACAAAAUCUAUCCUCAACUGCCAGAGCACUUAAAGGAGCCAUUUAUGUGUGCACUGCAGAAUGAUCGCUUAAGAUCGAUGCCCGCCAGCUUCCUGCCACCCUCACCAGUCAAUAAACCAGGUGUUCUGCUGUUGGGAGAUGCAUAUAACAUGCGACAUCCUCUGACUGGUGGAGGCAUGAGCGUUGUGCUGAAUGAUGUCCUGAUCUGGAGAGAUCUGCUCAAGAAUAUCCCUGACCUCUACGACAACACCGCUGUGCUGCAGGCAAAGAAGAAAUUCCACUGGGAGCGGAAGGCAUCUCACUCGUUUGUGGUGAACGUCUUGGCUCAAGCACUAUAUGAGCUGUUUGCUGCAACUGACAAUUCACUGCAUCAGUUGAGAAAGGCCUGUUUCCACUAUUUCAAGCUUGGUGGAGAAUGUAUUAAUGGACCAAUUGGUCUCCUGUCAGUAUUGACGCCAAAGCCCUUGACUCUGAUUGGUCACUUCUUCGCAGUUGCCCUAUACGCCAUAUACUUCAGCUUCAGGUCUGAAUCGUGGCUCACAAAACCACGUGCCUUUGUCAACUGCGGAGCUAUCCUCUACAGAGCCUGUACCGUGAUGUUUCCGCUCAUUUACUCUGAGUUUCAGUACCUGGUUUACUAGAACUUAUCAUUCGAUAUAAUUCAGAACUUUUUGGGACAAUUUUUUAUUUCUUUUGCCCUUGCGUGCAACACAUGUGCCAUUCAUUGGUGGCUACAUCUGAGUGCUUAAUAUUCUUCUGGAAGAAGGGAUUCAUGCUCAAACAUGAAAACCACAACAGGCCUCAAAAUGAAGAAAUUGUGAAAUAUUAACUAUUUCUUUGCUGCCUUUGGCUGUAUAACGUGUCUGAUUGUAAUCGAAAGAGACCCUGCCUUAUAUUGUUAUACACUAUCUUCUGAGAUUUGCCUUAGACUAUGGUUGAAAGAUUAAAAAAAACCCCUGUGUUUUACUUGAAAGUCAGCAUGAAAUGGCAGGCAGGCAAUGAAAAUGUUUAGGGCUUAAUGACGUCAUCUGACAAGGAAAGUCGUUUCAGAGGUGGAGCAAGUUAUUACAUUUUGAUAAAAGAUUACUUGGAAUAAUAUGCACUAAUAAAUGCCACACAAUAAGACCAGGAACACAUAAAUAGGGUCAAUUUUGAUUUUGUGUUGACUUCAAUGCCAUGUGAAAGUGUCACUUGUGCCUCUAGCAUUUUUAGUUUUGGUCUGGGUCAAAAAUGCAUUUGUUUUUAUUGCACUACUGCAAUAAAAUAAUAAAAUAAAUAUAAUAAAAUAAGAUUAUAAUUGUCAAACCACUAGGCUGCUUGAUCAGUGAGGAUGAUCAAUGCAACUUUUUUUAAUUUUCCAGAGGUGCAUUGCUUUACUGCUUUUUCAAAUGAUUUGGGCACAAUUGCAUAACAUCAUGAUUUUGGACAUGCAGACUUCCAUUAUUAUUUGUUUCUUUCACAAUUGUUUCACAACAGAUACUUUUACUACAGUUUUAUGGGUCCAUUUUCAAAGUAGAAUGCAGGUUAACAUUUAGCACAAUCACACAAGUGCAUUAAAUAUGUCAAUAUUUAUAUAGAGAGAGUACAAUUAUGUAAAAGUUCCUGAAAGAGGACAAUGCUUUAAAGUAAUGGAAGAACUAUUUUAAUUUUUGUGAUUUAUUCAUAACUAAGUUGAUCUGAUUUGAUGAGUUGUGGUCAUGUUUAUGUUCAUAUGUGCUCUUUGCAUGUAACUACUUUAUGGACCAUUCUUUCAAUUAUUUGCCUUCUUUAUGAGGAAACUUUUGUAUAUCCAAUCAUACAUUGAUUUGUUUGAUAUUUGAUGUCCAAUUUAGUUUGAAAAUGUUUUAUCAGACUGGAAAGUGACCCAGAAACUAAAACAGUUGAUCACGUGUCAACUCAUGUGCGAUAAAUAACCAAGAGGAGCUGUAUUUUGUACCAUUUACAAUGUCCACCAGGUGGCGCUCUUGCCUUGUGUUUGUCACUGUGCUUUUUAAAAUGUAAAAUAAAUUAGAAAAAAAUAU